UUUGGCUCGAGCUGCUAUAGUCCGUAAUCCUAGCUUGACCACGCGCGGCGUGAAAGCGUUGGUCGUAGAUUUCUCACUCGACAUCUCCAUACACUAGGCGCCAUGGGUGGCAGCGCGUCGACUGCCAUUGGACCGGAGUCCUGGACCGGCACUGUGUUGCCCUUCCUUAUCGAUGCAGCUCGCCAAGGCGCCAAGAAGGUGGUCCUGGAUGGGAAGACCUUCGCACCUUUCGGCAUGGUGCCACACGCGGUGGAGCCUGAGAAGGUGGCGGCCUAUCGCCCCAAGGCCAGCGCAGGGCGACCUCCGGCCAAGGUGGACCUGCGACAGUACAUGACCCACGUCGAAGACCAGUCCCAAACCAACAGCUGCUGUGCCAAUGCCGUGGCGGGUGCCUACGAGUACAUCAACAAGCGCUAUGCCAUGGCCAAAGGCGAUCGGACGGAGGACAUCUCUCGACUCUUCAUUUACUACGUCGGUCGCAAGAGGGACCAGCCCUUUGGACUUCGGGGUGGCACCCAAGGAUGAAGGCAUGUCCCUGGGAGGUGCCAUCAGUGCAUUGGAGUUGAAGGGCGCUUGCUUGGAGAGGAACUGGCCCUUCAACAUCAGCCGUGUGAACGAGCGGCCCCCGGAGACCUGCUUUAACGAGGCGGUGAGGUAUAAGAUCGCGGAGUCCCGCAAGGUCGAAGUCCGCCUCGCCAGCAUGAGGCAAUGCCUGGCCGAAGGACACCCCAUCGUGUUUGGCUUAAAGCUCACGGCGCAGUUCUUCAAGCCAGCACCAGGCGGCGGCAUCACGACGCCCGACCCGAGCGAUCCGCAGUCGGCGGAGCACGGCCUGCACGCGAUGCUCAUCGUGGGCUACAACGAUCGACAGGAGGUCUUCAUCGUGCGGAACAGCUGGGGAACCAGCUGGGGUGAUAAGGGCUAUGGCUAUGUGCCUUACAACUACAUUUGCAAUGACGACUUCAACUUCCUGGGGCAGUAUGCCAUCAUCGGCCUCACAGAAUAUGACUUCUCACGGAACGUGGAUGAUGGAAGGGAUUACAACCUGCAACCCGUCGACGAGGUCGAGCCGCCUGAGAUUGAAAGCUACGAAGAAGAACAGGAGGAUGACGUCGACGACGACUUCGACGUGGAGGACGAGUUCGAUCCGCAGCAGGAAGCUAAACGUAUCUUCAACUUGUUCAACGUUGAUGCGGACGAGGGCUUGGACGGUACUGAGCUCGAGAACUGCUUCUUGUGGAACGGCGUGCCGAUGAAGUCUUUUCAGCAGAUCAAGGAUGAGUAUGGCUUGGACGAGGGAAAGAAGUUGAGCUUCGAUCAGUUCUGGGAAAUCUACACCUAUUAUCAGGCGCACAAGGCGCCCCGAAGCGGCUGCUUCUGCUGGGAUUAGUGCUCUUGGGCGCUUCCUGCUUUGCUUUCUCCGCUUCGACACGAAAGGAGUGCUGGGGACCGUGGCGCGCUCUCCCGCGCGCAACAGCGCGUGACCACGAGCCAAGAAGAUGUGUGGAGCUAGAUGCUUUAGUGUGCAUACUGCUGAGUGGUUUUGGUAGAUGCAGAACUUUCGUUGC